AUGUUAUUACCAAAUAUAUCAGAAAAGACAAUCUCAAAAUGCAUCACUGUAUAUAUAUAUGUCAUCAACAAUAUCCUGACUGAAAUCCAUCCAAUAUUAGAAAAAGGGGGAGAGGAGGAAACAUAAAUUACAUUCUCCAAUGUAAGUCUGGAUACAUGUAAGCCAAAUCAGGAAUUUAUAAACUAUAUUGCGAUAUCUCAAACAAUUUUCAAAGGAAAUGUCAGAACCAAAGACCAGCCUGACAUCAGGGAAAACAAUCUCAGGAUACAUAUUUCAAAAUAACUCUUAUCAAGAUAAAUUAGAUUAAACAAAAUAUUUUAAGUAAAAUCUCUUAAAGAAACUCAGACAGUCUCGGAAUCCGCAUUGUUCUUAUGAUAUUAUGGUGUGUUUCAGGAAGAAUCUCGUGACUGCUUCUGGUAAUAAUCCCAUUGCUCAUCCUUUGUCGUUUUGCGUAAUUGGAUAAAUGAUUCUGAUGCCAUCGUAAGAAGACAAACUCUCUUAACAUUGUUCAGUAACUCGAUGUUACGGAUAAACAAAAAAAAACCAAAGAAUUCCAAAGCAGAAUGAUCCUCGUUGAAGAGAGACGAAAAUGCAAUGUAAACGGGUGUAAACGAGAAUAGAAGGAGGCACAGUCCCGUAUCGGAAACGCACACGGGAACAUUCGCUGAACACACUGAAUUCGACCUGUGAACCUGGCAGAAAUCCAGAACCUCGCGCGUCACUCGUGAAAGAAAGCUCUCGCGACACGGGCGAUAAUCAUCGUAAACGUUGUCGGAAUCGCCCCCUUUUGUUUCGACUCGGCCGACGAUGCCCGCGAGAAGCUUCUCUGACGUCAAGGAAUCACUCGCCGUGCUCGAACGUUCGAAUAUUCAACACUUGCAGGAUAGAAAUGACUUUCCAAUUAAUCAGUUAUUCUCAGUAAUUUAGGUACUUGUUUUAGAACUUGAUGAUUUUCUGAUCAUUAAUUAUUCGAACAGUAAUUUUCUAGUUAUUUAAUUAAUUACGAUUCGUUUCACAGGCGUGCGUGAAUCUUCGAGAUGUGGAGGAAGAAAGAUCCUUUUGACGUAUUGUCCUGCUCGUAGAUCGAUCCACAGGCUUUCGACGACGAAGCUUGGCAAUCAACGUACCUGAGGAGAGUAUUUUGACUGUUUGUUAAGGUAAACAAAACGACGAAGAGAAUGGAGAGUCAUCGUUGAACUAUUUUGUAGAUUCCAGAAGCUCUGGAACCUAAAGAGAGAGAGAAAGUCUCUUUCCAAAUUCGACUUGGAAGAUCAGGAAUGAAGGGAGGAAUCUUGUGAAAUCGAGGGGAAUUUCUGGCCUUCCUUGACCCUCGGUGACCCAAAUAUUUUCGCUUCUGACAGAGAGGCCGAUGCAGAAUUACGGCAGACCCGGUAGGAACGAUCGGUCGUUCCCUUUUGUACGCUUCGCCUUCAAAGAGACCACUCUGUCUCUCCCUUAGAGAGAGUGACAAAUCGUUGCCGACAAGUAUCUUUAAUUCGUCGAACGUUCGUCACUUCUCUCGAGCACAGGGGUAAAAGGAUAUCCUCUCAAUUUUCAGCUGGCAGCCGUCACGAUUCAAAUCGUUUCUAGACGAAUAUUAAAAAAAAAAAGAAGAGAAGGAGGAGCGAAGAGAUAAAAAUUGAAGGAAGAGACAACUUGCUCGACGGACGUGUGUUCAUCUAAUUAAUUGAUGAACACUGAUAGAUUACACUGGUGUACAACUAUGUGAAGAUCAUUGUGUGCAGACGGACCACGAUGUCUUUCUUUUCUUUCUCUUUUGAUUUCAGACAGUGGCAUCCUGACCUAUUCAACGAACGUUCUCUGGAGGUUGGCCCGCCGAUUGAUCCACGCGUUCCACUCCUCUACUUCCUUCUCUACUCAACGCAGCCCCGUCGAACAGACGUGAGGCAUGCUACAAUUUCGCUGGAGCGAGAUCAAUAACCAAUGGCAAAACGAGCUGUCCACGCGAUUGGAGCAGCAAUGAAAAGAGAAGAACGUGAAAAACAGACAAGUCUCGAGGGAGGGGAAAAAGAGAAAGGGAGAGUUCGGUGGUGCAGCACCACGCGACCACGCAACGAUCAUUCCAGGAGGAGCAGGCAGCUUCUUUCGUCAACGUCGUGCGUCGCUAGAAAAACGAUUAAAAAUGGAAUCGAGUCUGGUGGGAGUCUCGUGAUCGUACCGAUGUGUAAAUACGUAUCCUUGCAAGGGAGGUAGAUCUUCUCCGUAGGCGUUAUCUGCGCUGCUUGCUAAGCUGCAGGGUGGUUCCGUCCAUCGCGUUUCUGGAUCGUAUCGCCCCGAGGAUCGAUCGUGGUCGGGUGCACACGCGCUGACCGGUUGCGGUACGCGUUCGGGAAACGCGUCCCGGACACGUUUCGCCUAUACUCCGACUAGACAGAGCAGGAGGAUCACGAUACAACUUCCUCGACGUUGUC